AUGUCCGAGAUAUCUUCUCCCACUUCUACCUCUACUACGGCGACGGAGGACUCUCCCACACUGGCUCAUGUGGUCAAAAGAUGGAAAACAAAAGAGCUCAUUGAGUUCUUACGAAAGGAGGAAGACUUAAACCUUAGCGAAAAAGCUAUUAAAAUUUUAGAACAAGAGGAGAUUGAUGGCCGUGACUUUCUCAAGACAAGCGAAGAAAAGCUUCGCAGUUAUGGAAUGCCAGGUGGACCUGCGUCAAGGCUUUCUGACUUCGCUAAGGACCUUAAUAAACGAAAGUUAAGAGCGUAUUCAUCAUACAAAAGUCUUAAAGAAGUGUUGAGAAAAUUUGGACUAGAUAGUGAUGGUACCGAAUCAAUUCCACUGUUCAAAAUAGCUAAAGUAACCUGUGAGAUUCAAGAUUCUGAUAAGCAUUUUGCACAUUGUAUGGCAGAAAUUAUGGUCAGGCUAAAAAAUUAUGGGUCAUUGGCUGUGGAUAGUUUAGAAGCCAUGCGUAAUGAAUAUGUCGUGGCAAUUCUCCAUACUGCUCUCAAUAUUGCUAGAGACGAAACGCAAAAAAAAUUUAGUAUGAGGCCUCAGUAUGAAAUUGUUGGAAACGAAAGUACUGGGCGAGUGGAUUACGCGAUUAAAGAUGCUGAGGACUUAAUUUGUAUUACAGAGGAUAAACAGCACCAGGUACCCAUGGGUAUGGCCCAAAACAUCCGCCAGCUUGAGAGUUCAUACGAAACGAACAAGAAAAACCGAAAAGCGAGUGAUACUUUCGGGGAUUAUGAUGACUUCGACUAUCUAUAUGGAGUAGUAACAACUGGAAGAGAUUGGUUUUUUUUGUUAUAUAGCCCGGGCGAGAUCUCGCAAGGUAGUAAAUUACCAUAUACCAUUGAAUUUACUGAAGAUGCUUUGAAUGAGGAAUCCGAGGAAUAUCAAAUAUUGCGCAAGAGUGUAAGAAGGGUAUUGGGAGUGGUUGUGGGUAUGUUGAAAGAUAGGGCGUGUGUAGAUAAGUCUGGUGCGAAAAAGAAAGCACGGAUAGAGGAUUAUCGCUCUAGAUAG